UAAAACCGUUCUCCCCCUCUAUUUCUCUCACUGCACGGCUAUGGCGGUUUCUCUCUCUUCCCUCCGAAUCCCCCCCAAGCCUCCUUUCUCUCUCUAGAAACCAUAAACCUCCUUCACUUUUCAUUUCGUUUUUUUAGGGACUUAAAAACUUUUUUUUUCCGUAUCGAUAUAUACAUAUACGUAGAUAUUUGCGGAUGUGGUUUUUCUGUGUGAAAUCCCCAAAUUGACCUCCUCAACAACCGCCGCCGAUGGCGAUCGUCACCGGAGAUCGGUACCUGGAGAAGCUGGUGAGGUUCGUGGAGGAGAACGCCGGCCCUCUGAUCGAUGGAACCCUAGUUCUGAAGCUCAAUCCGGUGGGGCUACAUUACGUGCAGUCGCGGCUCGAGGCGCUCAGCGAGCUCGAGAGCCUCCUCGCGGGAGCUCCAAUUGAUUACCUCCGCGCCUACGUCUCCGACCUCGGCGACCACCGCGCGCUCGAGCAGCUCCGCCGGAUUCUCCGCUUACUCACGUCCCUCAAGGUCGUUUCGGUAUUGGCGCCGCCGGCGAGGGACCCCACGCCUCUCUCGCUGUUGCCGUUUGGGAGGUUGAGACUUUUGGAGCUCAGAGGUUGCGAUUUGUCCACCUCCGCCGCCAAGGGAUUGCUCGAGUUGAGGCACACGUUGGAGAGGAUCGUCUGCCACAAUUCUACUGAUGCUUUACGGCAUGUCUUUGCAAGUAGGAUUGCUGAAAUAAAGGACUCUCCACAGUGGAAUCGGCUUUCGUUUGUUUCAUGCGCGUGCAAUGGCAUGUUGCUCAUGGAUGAGUCUUUGCAACUUCUACCUGCUGUUGAAACUCUUGACCUUAGCCGUAACAAGUUUACGAAGGUUGAUAAUCUCCGCAAGUGUGCCAAACUGAAACACCUUGAUCUUGGCUUCAACCACCUUAGAACAGUUACAUCAUUUAGCGAGGUUUCCUGUCAUAUUGCUAAACUUGUUUUGAGGAACAAUGCUCUAACUACAUUGCAUGGGAUUGAGAAUUUGAAGUCACUUGAAGACCUUGAUGUUUCCUACAACAUUAUUUCCAAUUUUUCAGAGUUAGAAUUCCUUGUGGGACUUCCAUCUCUACAAAGCUUGUGGUUGGAGGGAAAUCCUUUAUGCUGUGCCCGAUGGUAUCGACCACAAGCAUUCAGCUACAUAAAUCAUUUAGAGAAUUUCAAGCUGGAUGAUAAGGAAAUUAGCACCAGAGAAUUUUGGAAGAGGCAGCUUAUAAUUUCCAGCAGGCAGAAGCGACCUGCCAGCUUUGGGUUUUAUUCUCCUGCUAUAUGUGAUGACACAGGAGAGGGGUCUAACAACAGAAGACGGAAGAAGGUAACUCGUCUUGCUUCAAUUGAGGGUGAAGGAGAAAACACCUAUCUAUGUUCGGAUCAGGAUUCUGUAUCAAUUGAUAAUGAGGUUCAAAGCAGGGAGGAAAUUGUCAUGUCUGAUGAUGAUGCUGAAAUAGUUGAUUUAAUGAAUAAAGUUGAGCUAAUGAAGAAGGAACGUUCUGUUCUUUGGUUACGGGAAUUUAAGGAAUGGAUGGAUCAUGCUCACGAGAAUGUCAUGGACCACAACAAAUAUAUCGGAACUACGUUGUAUCCGGGGAGAGAGAAUUUAUCAAAGACCUGGGUAAGUGAGAGGAAUGUCAGCGAAAGCUUGCGAUAUGUCUCGGACUCUGUCCAAGCUUCAGGAGAUGAGAGUAGCACAAAUGUUAUGGAAUCUGAUAGUUCCUUGCAUUCACAUCAAUACAUUGACCAAAUUGGUUUGAUGGGAGUUACUGGUGGAGCUAACCCAAGUGGCUCGGGGAGAACAGAUCUUAAGGAGGAACAUGUAAAAUCCUCUCCUUAUGAAAGGAGUAGCAGUUUGCCUGCUCAGACUAAAAGCUUACUGGCCGAUACGUUUGCCAAUCAAUUAAGUUUUAGGAGCAUAUCCCCAUUGAUUGCCAUUGAUAGUAUUUCAGAAUCACAUUCCUCUGCUCAGCCUGGAUCACCACCUCAUUAUCGAGAGGAUAUUCUUCAUCGCCGUCAAUACUUAGAGGAAGAAAUUCUGCAAUUAUCAGCAGAGUCAUAUUCGGUGGCAUCAUCUGAUAGCAAUACUAGCUGCAGUGAUGAUGAUAUCUGUGCCUUUGGGCCAAUGUCAGAUAUUGAUCAGUUACUAAAUGAAAAAUGUUCCAAUGCAAUUGUUGAGAGGCAUCCUGGUUUAAAACCUUUUGAAGACGAGUAUUAUGAGAGGAGACAUCGGAUUUCUCCUGUAAGAGAAAAUGGGCAAUGUUCGGCUGAUCCCUCUUCCAACAAAACCUCUGAUAUGCAGAAUAGUAUAGAUUCCGACAGGCAGACAUGUGGCAAUGAUGGUCCUGAGGCUCAUGAUUGUAAGAUUACACAUGUCCUCAAUGAGGAGGAUGAUUUGCCAAACAAGAGAAAAGGAAAGAGAAAAACAAAAAGAAGAGUUGUUUCAUUAGUGGAGGAGAAAAAUGCUGUUGGAAAGAUAGUAACACCCCAAAAAUCAAAUGGAGACUUUGACCUUCAUGGAACAGAAGCGGAAAUAGAGCAACAUAGUCGAUCUUUUGACAGAAGUGAUCUUCAAGAAGUUGAUGAAAAGAAACAAAUUAUACCAAGUAUUGUUAUAACCCAACGAAAUGAAGAUGCUCAUAGGUCUCCCUCGGUUAACUGGUCAUGUAGAGAGAUUGAUGAUUUUAUUGAGGAUCAUUUCAAUUCAAACGUUGCAGAUUCAAGAAAUCAUGAAAUUUGUGUGCAGUAUAUGCGUUGCCACUGUAUACUUGAGAUGGAUUCCAUGUCCACUGAAAGAGAUGUAGCUCUAGUACUGAGCAGUGAAAAGAAGUUGUAUGUGUUACUUAUUGGUGCCACAGAUGAUGGAUCAGAAACCAUCUCGAGUUUCCUGGCUUGCCAUAGGAUUGAAGACGUCAGGGAAGUUUUAGUUGGCAUGGGACUUCAGGUUGUGAGGUUGUCAAUUGAGCGUUCAGCCUACCUGUUUAUAACACGAAGUAUCGGAAAAUCAAGACAGUUACUUUGCAUCUUAGAAGUUCUUUACUCAUACAAAGCAGAUGAUAUUUCUUUAAGAAGUUUGGAGCAGGUUCAGGUUGACUUGUUUGAGAAACAAAUACUUGGUGGUUCAAAAGUAAGCAUAUUCCAGUAUGCUUUGGUACUGUUUUGGCAUAACAACCAUGAAGAGGAUUCAUGGCUUCCAAGAUCAUUGUUUGUUGUUGGAGUGCAUCUUCUUGUGUGUGUUGAAGACCUAGUGAAGUUUAGCUCCCUUUUGGUUGAUACAUCUUCGUCCCUGUACUUCUCGUUCGAUUCAUGUUGUUCAAUCACUGACAUAUCUGAGAUGGUUGUUGAGACCAAGAAGAGUCAGUGUGUGACUUUAGCUUUUUCAUGUGCAACACCAGUUUGUCAUUCCUCUGCCAAAUCUGGCAAGGAGGGUGAAGGGAUGGAUAAGGAAAAGAAAACUUUAGGCUCUCCUACAUGGAAGCUCAAGUGGUUCUCUGAAGACUGUCUGUUCAAGUUUGUAGCAUUGUUGAAGGCAAUCCACGCAGGGACGGGCAUGUCACCUUUGUCUGUAAGAUGCAUCUAAUGAAGCUGUUCAUUUCCUAAACCCCGUUAACAUCUCCUUUUUGUUAGUUUUAAAUUCAUUUUAUUCGUUGAUUUGUUGUCGUUUUUCACCCGCUUCUAUAUUUUUAUUCCUUUCUGUCCUCUGAUCAUAGUUUUCUUUAUGGUAUUCUUUGAUUUGUAUUCUUUGGCAGCAGUGUGUCUGUUAUGUACAGAUUUUGUAUAGUUUGUAACGGCGAAGCAAAUUCACGUUGAUCAUAAUAGUCUUUUUCCGCAGUUUGCCCCA